AUGUUUCAACCUACACCGAAGAGGUGUUUUACUAUAGAAUCGUUGGUAGCGAAGGAUAAUCCUCUACCAGUGUCGAGGUCUGAGGAGCCCAUACGACCAGCAGCUCUGAGCUAUGCAAACUCCAGCCAGAUGAAUCCAUUUCUGAACGGGUUUCAUUCCAGCGGCAGGGGCGUCUACUCUAAUCCGGACUUGGUGUUCGCUGAGGCGGUCUCACAUCAGAACAACUCCGGUGUCCCAGUUCAUUCGGUACCACCUCCACACGCUUUGGCUCACCCACUUUCAUCCUCACAUAGUCCGCACCAUCUUUUUGCCAGCCAGCAAAGGGACCCCUCAACUUUUUACCCAUGGCUAAUACAUAGAUAUAGGUACUUGGGUCACAGAUUCCAAGGUAACGAAACAAGCCCGGAGAGCUUCCUUUUGCACAAUGCACUGGCCAGAAAGCCCAAAAGAAUUCGGACAGCUUUUUCCCCUUCCCAACUUCUGCGGCUUGAGCACGCAUUUGAAAAAAACCAUUACGUCGUAGGUGCCGAACGAAAACAGCUUGCGCACACCCUUAGCCUCACAGAAACUCAGGUAAAAGUGUGGUUUCAGAACCGAAGAACCAAGUUCAAGCGGCAAAAGUUGGAAGAGGAGGGUUCAGAUUCGCAACAGAAGAAGAAGGGGACCCAUCACAUAAACCGAUGGAGACUCGCAACUAAACAAGGAUCGGGAAGCCCGGAGGAAAUUGAUGUAACUUCAGACGAUUAA